UUGUGGUAUUGUUGAUUUGCUUUUAAAUUUCUUUCCAGAAUAUCUUAAACAACAAACAAACAUUUUUGUUUACAAAGAUGGUUGACGAUCUCAGGAAGUAUUUGAACCAUUUAUUAGAGAAAGUGAAUGGUCUACAUUGUAUUUUGAUAACUGAUCGGGAUGGUGUUCCCGUUGUACGUGCGGUGACAGAAAGGGCUCCUCCUUUAGCUUUAAGACCUAAUUUUAUAUCAACCUUUGGUAUGGCUACAGACCAAGCAAGUAAACUUGGUUUAGGGAGAAAUAAGACUAUUAUUUCCAUGUACUCUAGUUAUCAGGUAAUUCAAAUGAAUAAGUUACCACUAGUCAUUACGUUCAUCGGAAGUGAUAACUGCAACACUGGCCACAUACUGUCAUUGGAAACUCAAAUAGAACCUUUUUUGAAAGAUCUUGCAGCUGUGGUUGCAGAUGCUCCAUAGCAUAUACAGAUGUUCCCAUAUUGUAAUAUGAACAUAUAACUGUGUUAAAUAUUAUAGAAAUUACAUUUAUUUUUUAUUGUAUCAUAUGUAUAACUAAAAUUUUGUGGCAAUUAUAUAAAUGUAUGUACUCCGAGUAUUACUAAGUUAAAAUUGAGGAAAAGAAGUGUAAUUUUGAAAUCGAUGAGAUGUCCUUAUAUUGUAUAAAUUAUUUACUGUAAAGGGUAAGGGUAGGGCAUCUUAGUAAAAUGGAACUGGCACAUGCCAUGAUUUAUUAUUUAAAAUUUAGUCCAAAUUGUCACAUCUAUUUCUGAGAAAACCAUGCAAUACCAGCUUAUAGAUUCAAAAUACAUAAAAUGUUUUGUCUAUGUAGAUAUAAGAUUAAUCUGUCUCUCUCUCUGAUGCCACUUACUUUUUUUAAUCUGUAAAUAUCAUGUAUUACCUAAUAAAAGUGCUUUUAUCAAUU